AUGGCUGGCCGUCUCUUCUCUCGUUUCAAACGGAAGAGUAAGAACCGUGAUGGAACAAAGAGCUCUUCGGGCCUGGUGUCCGAGGCUGGAGCUUCACCAGCCAGAAGCGUAUUAAUUGCAGCUACGACUUCCCAAGAAACAAAAGCUAUUAUAAACGACAAAUCUGAGGAGCCUCAACCCGUCGAUAUGUCGGAGAGUGUCAAAACAAAUGAUGACUGUGACUUAUGGUCUCGGGCCUACCAACAACUGGAUGAUAAAGCUAAAAAAUGGAUCGGCGAUGCCUCCAAAAGCGUUAGUGGUCAGGAGAGGACCCAAGACCUCAUCACACUGGUUCGAAAUAGAGAAGAAGAGUACAAGGAUGGAACUCUCAAAAUCAGGAUUGGUGAUUCCGAGAUUAUGUGGAGAGAUUACGCCGACAGUGUGGUGUCGUGGAUAACAGCAAUUGGGGACAUCUCCAUCAACUUUGCCCCUGCAGGUUCCUCAGUCGCAUGGGCAUAUGAAGACGUGUACCUCAGUGGCGGCUCUUGUAACGGGGCAACAGAAAAUCUAAAGGAUGCCCUCGUUGAUCUAUACAAGGGACUAAUGGAGCUCCUCGCCCACGCCUUUGUGCGCCUAAAUGAGGGUCAAGGGAAGCAGUUCCUGCGUGCCCUCGUCUCUGGUGAAGAAGGUGUAAAGUUGGUAUCGGCACUUACAGAACAAGAACGCAAAGUGUCAAUGGCUGCUCAAGGUUGUGGUGCAGUUGCAUCGCAAGAGCAUCAAAAGCUCCUCAGAAAUCUCGAUGAACCAAUGAAAAACAUUGAUGAUACCGUAAAGAAACUACUACAGAAGGUCGAGGAUCGUACAGUAGAACAGGCGCUGGAAUAUAUCAGCACUAUACCGAUCGGCGAACAUCAACAAGAAAAGCGUGAAGCAAGGACACCUGGCACGUGCGAAUGGUUAUUAAAUCAUUCCAAGUUUAUUGAAUGGGAAAGAUCAAGCUAUUCUUCGACGUUAUGGCUUCAAGGAAACGUCGGUGCGGGGAAGUCAUUCCUUACCUCCAAAGUAGUCGACUACCUUCCUACUACCCAUCAACAGGAGGCCGAAUAUGAUGAAGGCUUUGCCUACUUCUAUUGCAGUCGUUCAGAUCCGGAACGUCGACAGGCAAAGUAUAUCCUGAGGAGCUAUGUUUCUCAGCUUGCCAGGAUACCAAAUCAUCCAACUAUGAUUGAGAGGAAUAUCCUCACUUUAUAUCUAAAGGCGAGAGAAGAGAAGAGAGGCUUCAGUAUCCUUGAAUGUGAGGCAGCCUUGAUGCAACUCAUUAACUUCUAUUCGCGGACUAUCUUAGUCUUAGACGCUCUGGAUGAAUGUGAGAUGGACGCUAGAGAGGCACUCGUUCGUAUUUUGCACAAUCUUGUCUCCAAGGGCGAUGGCACCGUCAAAGUUUUUAUUGCCAGCCGUAAAGAGGCUGAUAUUGAAGAAUACCUUGGUCUGAAGAACCUGGUUGAGAUAAGUACUGCUGACAACGAGGAAGACAUUGAGAAAUAUGUUGAAAAGGAGAUAGCAAAGGUUGACGGCAUAUGGAGGUCUGUUUCUGCAGAAGUCAAGGAGCAGGUCAAGAAGACAAUUAGAGAGCAAAGUGAUGGAAUGUUUCGAUGGGCAUAUCUUCAAUGGGAAGAGCUCAAAAAGCUAAGAACCAACCAACGCAUCCGUGAGCGUCUUGGAAAGCUUCCUAAAAGUCUCACAGAAGCAUACGAAGAGAUCUAUUCAGAAAACGAAGAAAAGGAUGUCCUACAACGGGUAGUCAAAUGGGUGUUAUGUGCUAGACGGCCAUUAACAAGCGAAGAGCUUCUAAUGGCCAUCCGUUUAGAGAGAAACCUUGAGUCUCUUACUAUAUCCGAUCCCAUCGACGAGUCUACCUUGGAGAGCAUCUGUUCACACUUGGUUGUCUUAGACUCUCAAUUAAAGGUGUGGAAAUUUCCACAUGCAUCAGUUGCAGAGUACUUCGAGAAUCAACAUAAGAGCUGGAUAGAUAAGGCUUCUGAAGAUGUGGCGAUUCUGCUGAUUUCGUGCUUAAUCGAUUGCUACUCGAACUGGACACUCUUUGGAUCGGAUGAUUCAAUCGAAGAAUUCCUCGUGACGGCACCAAACCUGGAAAACUAUCUGGAUCCACGACACCCUCUCCAGAAGUAUGCGAGGAAAUAUUGGUCAAACCAUGUGCAAAAUACUCUAAACGAUUGCGAAGAGGUGGCAGGUCUAUCAGAGAUUCUUAAACGCUUUUUAGGGGCUGAAGGUCCUCAAAAAUCCUCCAGUCAACAAUACCAGGCAUGGUGCAGACACAUGGGCAUUGAAAAAGAUCUUGAUAGCCGCUUUGACGUGAGCGAUAUAAACCCCGCAGAAAAGUCUAUUUUUGGGAUUUGUGCUUUUUCUCUUCACAAGUUGCUUGAGGGCUGGUGGGAUGAAGGCAUUGAUGUCUCACAAGUCAAUAAGAAGGGGCUGGAUUUACUCGCAAUCGCCGCAAAGUACGACCAUAAUGACCUUUGUUCCGAGCUUAUCAGCAGGGGCAGCGAUAUAAACAAAGAGCUGGAUAGUUACUGGGGGAGCGCGUUCCUGGAAGCCAUCGGUGAAUCACACAUCAAAACGGCAAUGCUGUUCCUAGAAAAGGGUGUCAAUCCAAAUCUCAUGGGCCAGGGUAGAAGCCCGCUCUGUCACGCUGUCUGUUUUGCAAGUGGUUUGGUUGAACCUCUUCUUACGGCUGGAGCGGACCCCAACAUCACUUGCACAGGCUGCUGGCUUGUUUGUGCCUUGGAAGCAGCUGCCCUAUCUGAUAGAGUUAACGCCGCACAGCUCUUGAUAAAAUACGGGGCAAAUGUGAGCUUGACGACUAAAGACAGCGAGUGCGGCAGUCCUCUGGCAAGAGCCGCAUACCAAGGUUCGAUGGGAUGUGCAAAGCUUUUUGUGGAGAAUGGAGCCGACGUGAACGCCCAUCUCAAUGGCGAUUAUGGCAGUGUUUUAGCUGCUGCGAUAUUCGGAUGGGGGGGAGUUGAGGUGGUCAAGUACUUGAUUGAGGAGGCGGGAGCGGAUCCAGCCGUCUUAUCCUUGAAUCCGCCGCCGCGACCUCCUGUCAUUCGCGGCAGUCGGCAUGCUGAAAGGAAGAAAAUAGCAAAGUAUCUCAUAGAGGGGGGCUAUGUCCAAGAGAGUGUCCUGCUUAACAUUUUCUUCCCCAAGGAAGAUCUCCCGGGAAUGGAAGAGUGA